GUUUUUUUCAGUUUUUACUGCCUUUUCCCGCUUUUUUUUUCUGAUUAACUGCCUUAACUGCUUUUUUUUAUUAUCUCUAUUGUUUAUAACGUUCUUAUCGUUUUAUUGAUUUAACAUCUUUUUACCUUUUUCUAACUCUUUAUCAUGCCUAUGAGCAUCGAACAUACUGUCGAAUCAACGACCCGUGAGCAAGCGGUCUUCAAUAUGAAGUUGCUGCAAGCUACUAUUAAGAUGAAGAAACUUACGCUGGAGGAGAACAUUCAAGCGAAAAAGCGCACCAGAAUGCAUCGCACGGUGCGAAAGCAGUGGGUGAGCGCAACCACGCCGUUUAUCCGUGUUAAGCGCGGCAAAGACUUCGAUGACUUCAAGUCAUGCGGCGUGAAAAAGUUGAAGACUGCGGGCGAAGACCCCGCCAUGAGCGAAGCUCCCAAAGUGGAGACUGAAGAAGCUGACGAGGAAGAAGGAGAAGAAGAAGAAGAUGUAUUUUUCGACGCAAUGGAGAUCGAUUGGACCGAAGGAGAGGACAAUGACGUUUGGUUCGAUGCCAUGGACAUCGAUGAUCCCCAUUGGUUGGCCCUCGGAGUUCGCCUGAAGGAAGUCGACGAAAAGAUCUUAAAAGAAAAGGCAGAGGACGCCAUGGAAGUUGAUUUGAUGAUAGAAGGUGGUUGGGACGAGGUAGUUUUUCCGUCCGAAGAAGUGUGGACGAUGCAGCAGUCCAAGUUGAAAGAAGAGCGACAGGUGACAGCGGCCGACGACACUGAUCGCACGAUGUCCAAGAAGCGAGCAAGGGAAACUCAAGAAGAAGUUGAAAUCGAAAAGAAGAAACAAUGUUUCGACAUUCCCGGCUGUCCCGAGCUGCCAGACUAUGAAGACGGGGACUUUGAUGGUUGCGCUCCCGCCCCAACUGCAGAAAUCCAAGGCGGCUAUGAUCCGCAGGAACAGGCAGAAGGUUUCCUCGAUUCCCUCCUCGGACGUGCAGAAGAAUCGCUGGAAAAAACGCAUAAUGCCCAAGGAGUCGUCGAGGAGAAUGAGAUCGGAUCAGAAGUUGAAACUGAUGGCGACACGGAAGAGGACGAAGAAGAUGACGAAAAUGAUCCGCAGCAAAACGCAGACAGUUUCCUCGAGUCGCUCCUCGGAAGUGCGCAAAAAGUAGUGGAUGAGAGUGGAAUCGGAUCAGAAAGUGAUGACGAAACAGAAGAGGACGAGGCCGAUGAUAGCGUUAUUUUCGAGUGAAGGGGUAGGACAACGAAGGCACACAGUCAAGGCAUCAAAACUUUACAAUAAUCCUCAUGAACUUAUGCCGAAAAGAAGGAUAAACAAAGCAAGAUCGAGAACCAGUGAUGCAAAGUAAGUGAAAGUAAACCAUCUAUCCAUAUGAAUCGCCAUAUCGUAAGUAUCAAAAUAGAUUGAAGAUCAUAACAGUUUCAACCCAGUAGCGUGUCAACGCAGUAGCAAGAGUACGAUCAAGAAAUCUCGUUCCACAAUCACACGCAGC